CGUUGGAGAUACAUUAUGGAUUACGGUCCCCGGACGAUACUGUCUGAGCUGUGUGUUCUCCUGUCUCUUUUUAAAGUUCCAGAAAUAUCUUCACUUCCUCUUCGUUUCGAGAAUGUAAGCCUCUAUUUGGAGUGUCAGAAAACACAACAAUUUAAGAGUGUCUUUCGCUCACCUGCCAGAACAUCAUCCCCUUAUCUAUGAGGUCGUCGGAAUUCAUGGACAAGCAAAUCAUGGAGCUUUCUCGAUCCCGAUCCGAUGAUUUCUUGACGUUGUCCACAAACCCUGAAGACGACGAGGACAAUGGCGAUCACUCCCCCGUAUUCCGAUUCCACCCUAUCCGACCUGUCGCUCCGCCUCAGUCGCACACUUCCUCCUUUGGUUUCGAAAAAUUCGGUGCCGGCAGCAAUCAUAAUGCUGGGGAUUCCCAUGGCUCGGCACUGAUUUCCGUGAUCGAUAGGAUGAUGGAGGAGUUCAUCAAGAAUCUGGUGCACGCCGUUGAGGGUCUCAGUGCUAGGCUCUCGCAGUUGGAGACUAGGAUGCACCGACUAGAGAAUUCCACUGAUGACUUGAAGGAAACAUUCGAACUAAAUCAAAGCAGUUCUGAUCGGAAGCUGAGACAGCUAGAAAUUACUCUAAAAGAGGUUCAAGAUGGUAUUCAAGAUUUAAGGGAUAAACAAGAGAUAGUAGAGGCUCAGCAGCAGCUAGCAAAGCUUAAAAUGGCAAAGGAUACCCAGCGCUUGGAAAUGCAGAAUAGCACUCUCCAAAGUAAUCAACCUCAAGGAGUUAUCUCAUCUGUACCUCAGCAAAGCCACCAAUCACUUUCAAUUCCUGUUGCUUGUCCACAGCAACCUCCUUCUCUUCCUUAUAGUGUUGUUCAAAACCAACCUUUUCAAAAUACAUCACCAUUACUAACAUCUUCAGUACCGGCUGGACAGAUACCUACCCAAUUAUCCCAGAAUCAAAUCCCCUUACUCCCUCGGCCUGAAUUUUACUAUUCGUCACCUGUGCUUACUCCAGAAUCCACACAUCAGCAGUACCCUAUGCCUCCAAUGAAGCAGUCUCAGCAACCAUCUUCAGCACCACAACAACAUUAUCACCCGGCACCCCAACUUCAACCAAUCUCACAGUUACCCCAACCACCUCAUGAAUUGCACCCACAUCUCACCUUUGGCAAUAGCCAAGCAUAUUACCCAUCUACCCACUAUGCACCUGCCAGUGCUCCCCCAUCCCAAAAAUUUUACUUGGGUUCUGCCCAGCAGAUGCAUCACGAUCAACCACCCAGCAAUCCAUAUUCAGGCUCACCCUCCAGGCAUUCAACUUUUUAUGAGCAUUCAUAUGGUGGAGCUCCUUCCCAAUACAGCAGUUCAACAAUGAAACCCACACAAAGCCCAUCAUCUCCUCCAGUUCUCGGUGGCGAGAGCAGCAAAACACGACCGCCAACGGCCCAAGUAUUACCACAUGCACUACCCAUGGCCUCUAAUGUGGAUGCUGAGACUGGUUCUAGUGGGACUCGAGACAGAAUAACAACCGAUGAUGUUGUUGACAAGGUUGUGGCGAUGGGGUUCCGGAGGGACUUGGUGAGAGCAACAGUGAGGAAAUUGACAGAGACUGGACAAGCUGCAGACCUUAACAUAGUCCUUGAUAUGUUAAUGAAUAGCGGAGAAGUAGGGCCACAUGGUGGUAGGUUUGGCUGAUAAUAUAUAUAUAUUGUUGCCUGCAAUGUCUAGUUGGAUUUGUUUCUGUAGAUGAUAUUACCAUGGUCUUCUGUAUCAUUAUUGUUAGUUCCUAUGUACAUUAAAACAUCAUUUUAUAUAUGCUUAUGAUGUACAUGUGAAUGUAAAUUCUGUUUAAUGUA